AUGAGAAGUGUGGCCCGCUUUUGGCCGUUGGCCGAUGUGCACCUGGAACAGCGGCGCGGUGUAGAUGGCGACGAGUCGGUGGCAGCGCCCGCGGGCAACUCGAACAAACCGCGAACAUUGUACCGGUGUACCCUGGAGGCGCUGGUACGGCACUACUCCAACAAUCCACGCUCGAGCGGAUAUCGAGCGGCGGUACAGUGGUUGCCGCUUGCCGUGCGACUAGAGGUACUGGAGGAUAUGUGCGAUUACCCGCAUCUGCUGGACGUGCAGCAGGAGCUACUGUCGGAUCCGGUGCUGAUCAGUGAAGCCCUCCGUUGGUUGCCUUCUGAUCGGGCCAAGCUGGUGCGUUGCUUUCAGUGGUUGGAGUGUAAUCGGCGACCGGUAACCGAUCGACUCUGCCAGCGGUAUCAGCGAGUGUGCGUGAAGGUGCAGGUUGGCGAUGAGGAUCGUGACGGUGCUGGCAUACGCUGUGGUGUGCGCAUUGCAACGUUUCUCACCGAAACCGGCUGGCUGAGGGAAGCGAUCAAGAUCCUGCGAACCGCUUGCCUGUUAGCUGAGGCCGGAUCUGAAGCUGAAUUGGACGUGCUAAGGCAACUACUCCGAGCGCAAUCGCUCGGUGGAAAGGGGAUCGACGCUCGUCAGACCUGCCACCGGUUGAUGGCGUUGUUGGCGAGGUUUCCCCAUCUGCUACGACUACCACCGGCGCCACCAUCUUGUAAUGUCCGAGCGAAUGUGCGGUGCCGGAAUGAUGUGGCCGUUGGUGCGUAUCUGGCGGUGUCACUGUACGAGCUGGAGGUACGCGAGUGUACGCUCAGCUAUCACUAUGGGGUGUUGGCGCUCGAGCUGCUCACUGACUGCUCACCGGGCCGGUUGAUCGUGGACGUUUGCCGACAGUUGGCACGGGCCUGCCUAACCCGCAAGCAGUACGGCCGGACGGGGCUACUGCUGCGUCAGGCCAUUGCUUGGGCACGGAACUGCUACGGUAAGGCGAGCGCACAGUACGCGGAAACGCUCGAGGACUACGCGAUGUACCUGCUGGCGAGGAACACCGUCACGGAGAGUGUCGGUGUUUUUACCGAGGCGCAGCACAUCUACCUGCGGCUGUACGGACCACGGAACCUACUGUUGGCCCACGCCCAGGGUAAUCUGGUGUUCGGUUUGUGUCUGCAGGCGUACGUGCAUGAGCACCGGGAUCGGGCGGUCCAGCAUGUCGAGAAUUCGAUGGCCAACUUCGAGCGGAUACUGCCCCACGAACAUCGGUUGCUGGUGCAAGGCCGACGGUUACGCACCUCGAUGGACCUGUUGCUGUUCGAUGCGGACGAGGGAACGGAGAGCAGCGGAGGUGCUGUGGAGGAAAGGUCACCAGCAGUGGAGCAGGAACUGAAGCUGGAUAAGAUGGACGAUGGUCCUCUGCCGGUGCAUGAACUUCGGCGUUCAUUUUACCUCGGUCAGGGCUGA